CCUGUGGUGCCAGUGUCCUCAUCAGAGGUGGGCGGCAGUGAGCUCUGUUAUUUCUGCAACAAGCAUCUGGCGGAUACACUUUCCACUCCGACACGGAAUCAUGUUGAAAAUGGCCUUAAUGAGGAGGAUGAGAAGGAGAAAACUCAAAAUGGUGAACCCGUGGAGAUUUCAUCUCCUCCACACGUCUCCGUCAGAAGGAAGGGCUCGUAUAAGAUCUCCGUUGACCCUGACUUUGAAGAAUCGGCUGAGUGUCUUACUCCCACAGAGCAAAAAGACCAACCGCCAUCCAGCUCUCAUGAACCGAACAAACCCUCAGAGCUCAAUCCGGAGAGCACAGGCGUCGAGAACCAACAAAAUAACGGCAGUGCGUCCGUUCCAGUGCCGGCCCCGCGAGCGUCCAAAGCUCCACUGUACCCUCCGCUCCCAAAACCUCGUACUGUCCAUAACGUGGUGCCUCAACCCUCACAUGCCCCCAAGGAAUCAGAGCAGAACCAAGAGGAAACUCAUCACAACCUCCCGCCGGAAUCCAAAUCCAAAGAGUCCCUGCGUAAACUUCAGCUGAGCGAAGAGGAGAAGGCCGAGCUGCUCAGCCAGGAUUCAGACACGGAGACGCCCGCCUCGUCUUCUGCCGCCUCCACCUCCUCUUCCUCCAAGCAGCACGAAGGAGGUGAGGAGGAGGGCUACUGGAGCGGAGGCACCGCGACCGGGAAGAGCUUGCGGAACCGGCGCUGCAUGAGAAGGAAGAGCGAACCUCCACCUUCCACACAGUCGCAACACGGAAAGAUGCGCUCCAAGUUUUCCCCAUGGAAUCUGUCUUCACCUCGACUACAGCAGCGUUUCAGUGUCCUCAGAGUCGCACCUUCAGGACAAUCUCAGCCAGAUCAUUAUGUAUCAGGUGAUAAUGAAGACUGUGUCGACGAUGAUGAAGAGGAGGAUGAAGAGGAUCUUCAAGGAGAAGACCAUUUUUUGGAUUGCAAGGGGGCUGAUUUUGAGAUUUCUGAGUCAGAGAAACGAGAUCUAAAGAGGAUGAAAACUCUGGAGCGGAAAGCAAAGCUGAGCGAAAUCGAGCGCUUCCACAAAGCUCAGACGAUUCAGAGACGUCUGGAUGAGAUAGAAGUGACCUUUAAAGAGCUGGAGGAGAGUGGAGUGGAGCUGGAGAGAGCUUUGAGAGGAGAGGCUG